UUUGUUUGGAAAUUUCCAACCAAUUAUUGAAAGGUGCGAAGCAGUCAGGAAAGGUGUUCCAUCAUGACGGAAAGGGAGGAGAGGCGCUUCGCUGAAGUGUCCCGAGACUCGGUCAAGCUGAUGGCCGAAAGCUCCGGGGUUGAGCUCAGCGACGAUGUCGCAGCCUUGCUCGCCGAGGAUGUAUGUUACCGACUCAGGGAGGCCGCGCAAAGUAGCUCCCAGUUCAUGCGACACGCCAAGAGACGGAAGCUGACGGUGGAAGACUUCAACAGAGGUCUUCGUUGGGCCAAUGUAGAUGCUGUGUGCGGCCAUGGCUCCCAGGAGCCCAUGCCCUUCCGGCCGGCUAAAGAGGGGGAGCUGUUCUUCGUGGAGGAUCGCGACGUCAACCUGGUGGAGCUGGCCCUGGCCACCAACAUCCCCAAAGGCUGCGCUGAGACCAUGGUGCGAGUGCACGUGUCCUACCUGGACGGCAAGGGAAACCUGGAGCCUCAAGGGACAGUGCCCAGCGCUGUCCAAUCGCUAUCUGAAGACCUCCUGAAGUACUACCAGCAGAUUACUCGCGCUAUACUUGGGGAAGACCCGCAUCUUAUGAAGGUGGCCCUGCUGGAUCUCCAGUCCAACUCCAAGAUUGCUGCCCUCCUACCGUACUUUGUCUACGUCAUCAGUGGAGUGAAGUCUGUGAGCCACGACCUGGAGCAGCUGAACCGCCUCCUCCACAUGGUGCGCAGCCUGGUCCAGAACCCCUACCUGUACCUGGGCUCCUACGUGCGCAGCCUGGUGUCCAGCGUCAUGUACUGCAUUCUGGAGCCCCUGGCCGCCUCCAUCAACCCCCUCAACGACCACUGGACACUCAGGGACUACGCCGCACUGCUUCUCAGCCACAUAUUCUGGACCCAUGGGGACCUGGUGAGCGGGCUGUACCACCAGAUUCUGCUGUCGCUGCAGAAGGUGCUGUCUGACCCCGUCCGCCCCCUCUGCUCGCACUACGGAGCUGUGGUUGGCCUCCACGCCCUGGGAUGGAAGGCAGUGGAGAGGGUGCUGUACCCCCACCUGCCUGCCUACUGGGCUAACCUGCAGGCCGUGCUGGAUGACUACUCCGUCUCCAACGCACAGGUCAAGGCAGAUGGACACAAAGUCUACGGAGCCAUCCUGGUGGCAGUAGAGCGCCUGCUGAAGAUGAAGGCUCUGAGCCUGUCCCAGACCGCAGCAGCAGCAGCCGCAGGAGAGGGAGGCGAGGCAGGCUCCAGGCAGCAGCAGGGCCUGAGUGCCGGGGGGGUGCUGGGCUUCAGGGAGAGCUCCCCAGGCCUCAGCCCUCCUCCAGAACCCCUGGCUGAGGCCGGGCUGGGCAUCGCCAGCCACCUACAGGCAGGGGGCGCUGGUUGCCCCUGGGAGGACUGGACGCCGGUGCCUCUGCCGGCCAUGUACAGCGAGCUCUACAGCUUCUUCGGGGACAGCCUGGCGGUGCGCUUCAGCACGGGGCCCGAGGUCGGCUCGGGACCGGGUUCGAGUCAGAGUCACGCAGGCGGGCCGGCGGACGGCAGGAAGGAGCCUCCUGGCUUAGAGAGAGGGGCCGGGGGCGGGGCAGGAAGUGACACGGCUGCCAGGAAGAUGCCCCAGCUGACGGCCAACCUCAGCAUCAGCCCCAGGCAGGACGGGAGUCCACGCACCGAGCCCGCGCCACCCAGCCUGGCCGCCACCGCACCGGGAAGGUCUGUGGCCCGCUCCUCCUCCUCCUCCUCCUCCUCGGUGCAGCGUUCCCGCUCCUCUUCCUCGCGUGCGGGGGGCCAGCGCUCCUCCUCGGGGGGCGGUGGUGGCAGUGGAGGCGCAGGGGGCUCCUCCUCCCGGGACGUCUUCCCCAAGGCGCGCAUCUUCCCUCCGCCCCACCAGGCCGGCGCGCCCACCUUCUCCUUCCUCAUCGGCGGGCGCCAGAUGGGCCGGCGCUGCCAGGGACGGCGCUUCCAGACCAGCUUCGCCAGCCCUUCGCCAGCAGGGGGCGGUGCUUCAGGGGGUCUGUCGGCGAUGCCGCCCCGCACCUACGCCCACAAGCUGCCUGUUAUCGGCCGCGUUAGUAAACCUGUACGGCGCUGGACCUACUCUCACUACUCACUACACCUGCCUCUCUGAGGGGGGAGGGGGGUAGAGAGAGAGAGAGAGAGAGAGAGAUUAAGAGAAGAGUGGGGUUGUGGCUACCCAAAAUACCUUCUGAUACCUGCUAAUCUCACUACUCGCUCCACCUAUCUCUGUGUGAGGGAUGAAGUGAGAGGUUUUAAGAAAGACUUCUGGUUACCAAGAAAGAUGUGAUUUCUGGGUACUCCCCCCUCUUCCGGACACCUUUGCUGAUGCUCUUACUGUUCUCUUCACUCACUUGUUUGAAGGCCUCAGUGAAAAGACAUGGGGCUCAAUUGUUUGUAUGUAGUCAGAAUGCCCCUGGCCUGGACACCUCUUGUGGUGAAGUCUGACCGCUCUCUACUACGCCUGUCUUUUUUUGGGCAGGUCACACCAGAAAAAGAGGGAACUCUGAGAAUGCUCUCUCACAGACACCUGUGGCCAGCUACAACUGGUUGAUGCGCAUCUUGCUGUUCAGCAGAAGUCUGACAGUUUGAAGUCUGAGUUUUGGGGCUUCUAAAUCAUGUGCACUGAAAUGGACCCAGACAUGGCAUACCUGUAGAACGCAUUAGGCAUUAGAACCCCAACACUUCAUACGGCAAAGGACAAUAUCUUAAUUCCUUCACAUAGGACACACAUUGCAGAACAACUGUGUUGGAGGAGAGAGACAGCAGCACAAUUUUGGCACUCAUUCUAAAACACCGAAAAGAGUGGAUUACUUUAGGAACAGGUCUGUGCUGUUUUGUAAAGAAUCUGUCCAUCUUAACUACAGUGUGUAUUUACUUGAUCCCUUAAAAAGAAAACAUUCAACCAUGUGUCCGGUCUGACUUCACUUCCAGGAUGUAUUGUAAAAAAAUAAUUAUAAUAAGGUCUGUCUAUCAAGUUAUGUCAAUAAAUGUUUUUUCACCCA